UUGGACCACUCCACCCACUGCUGACACGGUUUUCAAGUUUGCAUUCUAUAAAGGACACGGUAGAACAUCGUAAUCAUCUAAAGCUUUUUUUUUACGCGGGUUUAUGCGUUUGGUUGCUCUGUGUUUUAAUGCUGCGAGGAAAGUUUCGUUCUGGAGGAAUUCACAAACACUGAAGCCUAAUUUUAAUCACGAUGAGGAACAAAGGAUUCGCAGGACUUGGCCUCAUCUUGUGCGUUGCUCUGUUUAUUCAGACGCCGCCGCAGGUACGUGGAGAUCUGAGCUAUUCUUUUCCAGAAGAGAUGAAACGAGGAUCUGUGGUCGGAAAUGUGGCCAAGGAUCUGGGUGUUGAUCUGAGGACCUUAGCGUCACGACAAGUCCGUGUUGAUUUUGAAGGCACUCGGAAGCGCUACUGUGAAAUUACGACGACCACCGGGGAUUUAAUCACGUCGGAGAGAAUAGACAGAGAAAGCCUAUGUGGCAAAAAACCUGCGUGUGUUUUAAAAGCGGAUUUAGUGCUAGAAAACCCUUUAGAGCUUCAUCGUGUAAGCCUUCAUGUACAGGAUGUGAACGAUAAUUUGCCACAGUUCAAUGAAAAAUCGAUUGAAAUGGAAAUAUGGGAGUCGGCAGAGAAAGGUUACAGUUUCUCGAUUGAGGAGGCCCACGAUGCAGAUAUUGGUCAAAAUGCUGUGCAAAGAUACAUCCUUCAGAAGAAUGAACAUUUUGCUCUCGCUGUGGACGGCAAUAAGGUUGAAUUGGUACUGGAGAAUAAGCUUGAUCGAGAGAAACAAAAGGAAAUGAAUUUGCUUCUCUCCGCUUUAGAUGGCGGAUCCCCCCAGAAAUCAGGAACUGUAGUCAUUCAUGUUACAGUGCUGGAUGCUAAUGAUAACGCCCCAGUGUUUACUCAGGCCGUUUAUAAAGCCAGUCUGCCUGAAAACUCUCCACCAGGAACAAUUGUGAUGACUGUCAGUGCUACUGAUGCUGAUGAAGGAGUGAAUGGAGACGUCACUUAUCAAUUUGGCCACGUAUCUGAUGAUGUUCAGAAUUUGCUUUUGAUUGAUUCCAAAACGGGAGAAAUAAAAGUAAUGGGAGCAAUUGACUAUGAAGAAAGGAAUUCUUUUGAAAUGAGGGUGAAAGCUAAAGAUGGAUUAGGGCUAAACUCAUAUGCUAAACUGUUAAUAGACGUUUAUGAUGUAAAUGAUAAUGAGCCAGAAAUUUUCCUGAAAUCCCUGUCCAAUCCUGUACCAGAGAACGUGUCACCUGAUACAGAGGUGGGCAUCAUUAAUGUCCAGGACAGAGACUCUGAAAAAAAUGGACAGGUCCGCUGCUCCAUCCAGCAGAAUGUCCCAUUUAAGUUGGUUCCCUCUAUUAAAAACUAUUAUUCUCUGGUGACCACAGGACAGCUGGACCGUGAACUAGUUUCUGAUUACAACAUUACAAUCACUGCCACUGACGAGGGCUCUCCACCUUUGUCCUCCUCUAAAACUGUUCAGUUAUCUGUAGCUGACAUCAACGACAACCCACCUGUGUUUGAGGAACAGUCCUACAGUGCACAUGUGAGUGAAAAUAACAAACCUGGCUCCACUUUAUGCUCCGUUUCUGCUCGAGACCCCGACUGGAGACAAAACGGUACAGUGAUUUAUUCUCUGUUACCUGGUGAGGUGAACGGUGCCUCGGUGUCCUCCUAUCUAUCUGUUAACGGAGACACGGGGGUGAUCCACGCUGUGAGGUCGUUUGAUUAUGAACAGUUCAGGAGUUUUAAAGUCCACGUCAUGGCCAGAGACAAUGGUUCUCCUCCACUCAGCAGCAACGUGACCGUCAGUGUGUUCAUAUCGGAUGUGAAUGACAACUCUCCUCAGAUACUGUACCCCGCCCCGGAGGGCAGCUCCUUCAUGACCGAGCUGGUCCCCAAAGCUGCACACGGAGGCUCUCUGGUGUCCAAAGUGAUCGCGGUGGACGCAGACUCUGGACAGAACGCCUGGCUGUCCUAUCAUAUAGUCAAAGCCACAGAUCCUGGACUUUUCACUAUUGGUCUGCACAGUGGAGAGAUCAGGACACAGCGGGACAUUUCAGAAUCUGACAGCAUGAAACAGAACCUGAUUGUUGCAGUGAAAGAUAACGGACAGCCCUCUCUGUCUGCCACCUGUGCCAUGUAUUUACUUAUUUCUGAUAACUUGGCUGAGGUGCCAGAACUGAAAGAUAUUUCUUAUGAUGAGAAGAACUCCAAGCUGACCUCCUAUCUGAUCAUUGCGCUGGUUUCUGUGUCCACCUUCUUUCUGACCUUCAUCAUCAUCAUCCUGGGUGUGAGGUUUUGUCGCAGGAGAAAGCCCAGACUGUUGUUUGAUGGAGCAGUAGCCAUCCCCGGAGCUUAUCUCCCUCCUAAUUACGCAGAUGUCGACGGCACAGGAACUUUACGCAGCGCUUACAAUUAUGACGCCUACCUGACAACAGGAUCUAGAACCAGUGACUUUAAGUUUGUAUCAUCUUACAACGACAACACGCUGCCUGCUGACCAGACUCUGAAGAAAAGUCCAACAGAGUUUGCUGACAUGUUUGGAGACAGUGAUGCUUCUCCUGAGGUAGGAACAGUUUUAUCUAGAUAACGAUUUUUAAACAUUUAAGAAUCUGUUGAAUGAGUUUCGCUUUUCUAAUUAUUUUAUUAAUUUUUAAGAAUUAAUGACGCAGGAACAAAGCCCUUUGGAUGUCAUUAGAAUUAUAACCAGGCUUUAUAAUUUAGACGGAAUAAAUGUACACAGGGUGGAUACAAAUAACAGAGAACAAUCAAUCAUAUAUGUUCCAAAUUUCUCCAAUCAAAAAACAUAAUUUUCCUUCCACUUAGAGUUUGUGGCUUGUCUUUUUAUGCAUCUCUUUGAAUGUUUGAGAAGAAUUACAGUUUUGGGAGAUAUUUUUGCUUUUGUUUUUGCUGAACAAAAUCUAGCCCACACAGAUUUGGGUGUCAAGUCUUUUUUGCUAUUUGUUGUUUUAACUGAGUUGAAAGUGUACAUUUUAAGUUUUUGGUGACAUCACUAUCAUGUAUGUUUGUUGUUUCUCUUUUGUGUGUGAAGUAAAACAUAUUUCCGGAGGUAUAAAUCAUUACAAUCCUGCAAAUGCAAUCCCUUUUUUCAAAUUAAACUGUUCCUGAAUUGAGAUAUUUAGAAUCAAUUUAUGUUUAAUAUUAAGCUAACUUUUAGCAACCCAUCAUAUUUAAAUCACCAAAAUUGUUAUUUUUUUUCAUUCCUCUC